ACGAGGGAUGCAAGAACGAACACGAGGCCAUUAAUCACACCCUCCCGCCUCUGCCCUUUUCGCCCCGUCUCGCCCCGUCUCGUUCCCAAUUUCCCACAAGGGGCAUUGAGUUCUUGAAGUUCCAGAGGCCCUUUUGGUGGUUCUUGCGGGGGGAGGUGAAGAGAGGGGAGGGGCGGUGAAUCAAUCCCUUCUCUUUCGAUCAAUGGCGGGUCGUGACUCGCCUCCCGAGUUGAGUCUUGAAGGGGUUGAAGAUGUGGAAGAGUACAUCUGGGCAAAUGAAGGGGAAGGGUCACUGCCAUGGGAUAGGUUCAGCUAUGUCUUUGAUCUUGUAGAGCGUGGAAACAGAGCAUUCCGUGAGAACCGUCUUGAACGCUUUGAAGAGGCUAUCAAUUGUUACUCUAGAGCGAAUAAUGUCAAACCGAGUGAUCCUGUUAUUCUUGGAAACCGCUGUGCCACCUACAUUAGGAUAAGUCUAUACCUGAGACAUCGAGCUGCUGCAGCUUCAGAGUGUAGAGCCUUAAAUGGGCUUGAUCCUACAAUACAUGCAGAGCUUGCUCUAAAGGAUGCUGACAAGGUACUCAGCCUUCGUACCAACUCAAUUAGAUCAUACAUUUUAAAGGCCAAUGCUUUAUUCUUAGUAGAGAAGUAUGAAGCCGCCCGUGAUGCAAUUCUUUCUGGCCUUCAAGUGGAUCCUUUUAGUUUCUGUGGUACCCAUGCUACAGAAGCUUCUGUCACGGAUAUUCUUUCGCGAUCCUUUCUGGUAAUGUGCAGCAAUGCUCUUCAGGCCCUUCUUCGGAGCUUGCUUAGAACACAACCCACCUUGAGGGGGAGGAGAUGCCACCAGGAACUUGAGCGAACUGAUGACUUCGACUGCACUCUCUGUUUGAAGUUGUUACAUGAGCCAAUUACAACUCCUUGUGGCCAUUCUUUUUGCCGUGCUUGCUUGUUUCAGUCUAUGGAUCGUGGUAACAAGUGCCCAUUGUGUCGAACAGUUCUAUUUAUCAGUCCUAGAACAUCCGCAGUCAAUGUGACACUCAACAACAUUAUACAAAAGAACUUUCCCGAAGCGUAUGAGGAAAGGAAGGCUGAUCACCAAAGUUUGACCAACUUUGGGAAUGACAAGGUCCCACUUUUUGUCAUGGAUGUCGUAAUCCCUUGCCAAAAGUAUCAUCUUCACAUUUUUGAGCCACGAUACAGGCUUAUGGUGAGGAGGAUAAUGGAAGGAAACCACCGGAUGGGAAUGGUUAUGCUCGAUCCAAAUACAGGAUCAGUUGCUGAUUUUGCUUGCGAGGUGGAGAUCACUGAGUGUGAGCCACUUCCUGAUGGACGAUUCUUUAUAGAGGUAGAAGGCCGCCGAAGAUUUCGUAUUCUAAGAUCAACGGAUCAAGAUGGGUACCGAGUUGCAGAGGUUGAAUGGGUACAAGACAUACAUCCCCCUGAUGGAACAGAAGUACGAGCAGAUUUGCAAGAGUUGACGAAUACUCUAUCCGAACAUUCAAGGGCAUGGUUAACAAGGGCUAAGCAAGCAGCACGGCAAGAUCGAGCAAGAUACGAGAAGCUCCUCAGCUUGGAGAGAAUGAUGCCUUCAGCACAGGAUCCCGAGCGGUUCAGUUUCUGGCUCGUAACUCUAACGAACAGGAGGCCUGCAGAAAAGAUGGAACUCUUGCGACUAAGAGACACUAGAGAGAGGAUAAGUCGCGGGCUGAUAUAUCUCAGAGCUGAAGAGCAAGGAUGUAGAGUCCAAUGAUAUGCUCAGAAACCACAUUGAUUGGGUGUUUGUUCUUCGUAUAUUUUCUCAUAUACAAUGUAUACAUUUGCAUAUAUAUACUUGAUAUCACAGGAUAUUUUUGAAUUAAAUUCAUUUGUUGUCAAAGUUCUAUAUUCUUUGAUCCACUCCAUAGAAUCUUUGUGGAUCCCUUUGAUUUGUAAAGAUGCUUGUAUAAACACAACUUUUAUCUACAUAAGAGGACACUUGAUGAUCUUCGUUCGGCA